AAAAAUCACAAUACAUGUAAAAUAAUUGGUUUACGUGAAAGUUAUAGUGUCUACAAAUGGCGGCAUAUAUACUGUAUUUUUUUUUUAUACUAGUAAUGGCGGCAAUCUGCGGGACUGUGGCGGGCAUUCUGACACUGGGGGGAACUGACUUGGUGUCACUGACAUCCCCAGUGACACCAAUACAGUGAUCAGUGCUAAUAAAAAGCACUGACACUGUACUAAAGACACUGGGCAGGAAGGGGUUAACAUCUGGGG